GGGCGGGGCGGCAGCGCGGCGCAUGCGCAGUGCGCGCCGCGGGGAGGCUCGCGGGGUCCUUCCUUCACCGUCCCCCUCGCCCCCUCCCCUCCCCGGCCGUCUCCGCUUCCUGCGUGCGUGGGCCCGCGGCGGGCGGGGUUUCCGGGAGCGCCGCCGCCGUCCGCGCGGAUAAAGCGCCACAGGAGGCUCCCCGCCGCCGCCACCGGGAUGAGCGGCAGCCGACGGCCGGUUUUACGGCGUCCAUGACAGGUCGCUAGCCGCGUCCCCGGUCCUGCCGCAGCGAGGAGGCGAGAGCCAGCGGCGGCAGCGCCAUGAGCGAGGUGGCGGUGGUGAAGGAGGGCUGGCUGCACAAGAGAGGGGAAUACAUCAAAACGUGGCGCCCCCGGUACUUCCUGCUGAAGAGCGAUGGCUCCUUCAUCGGCUACAAGGAGCGCCCCGAGACCUCCGACCACAGCUUGCCGCCCCUCAACAACUUCUCGGUGGCGGAGUGCCAGCUGAUGAAAACCGAGCGGCCCCGACCCAACACCUUCGUCAUCCGCUGCCUGCAGUGGACGACGGUCAUCGAGAGGACCUUCCACGUGGAUUCCCCCGAGGAGCGCGAGGAGUGGAUGCGAGCCAUCCAGACGGUGGCCAACAGCCUGAAGAACCAGGAGCCGGAGGUGGACGCCAUGGACUACAAGUGCGGCUCUCCCAACGACAGCACCGGGGCUGAGGAGAUGGAGGUGGCCGUCAGCAAAACCCGUGCCAAGGCGACCAUGAACGAUUUCGAUUACCUGAAGCUCCUGGGCAAAGGCACCUUUGGCAAAGUCAUCCUGGUGCGGGAGAAGGCCACCGGCCGCUACUACGCCAUGAAGAUCCUGCGGAAGGAGGUCAUCAUCGCCAAGGACGAAGUGGCGCACACCGUAACGGAGAGCCGGGUGCUGCAGAACACCAGGCACCCCUUCCUGACCGCGCUGAAGUACGCCUUCCAGACCAACGACCGGCUCUGCUUCGUCAUGGAGUACGCCAACGGCGGCGAGGUCUGUUUUUUCCACCUCUCGAGGGAGCGCGUCUUCACGGAGGACCGGGCUCGCUUCUACGGCGCGGAAAUCGUCUCUGCCCUGGAGUACCUGCACUCCAGGGACGUGGUCUACAGGGAUAUCAAGCUGGAAAACCUCAUGCUGGACAAAGACGGCCACAUCAAGAUCACCGACUUCGGGCUCUGCAAGGAGGGCAUCAGCGACGGAGCCACCAUGAAAACCUUCUGCGGCACGCCGGAGUACCUGGCCCCGGAGGUUUUGGAGGACAACGACUACGGGCGCGCCGUGGACUGGUGGGGGCUGGGGGUGGUGAUGUACGAGAUGAUGUGCGGCCGCCUGCCCUUCUACAACCAGGACCACGAGCGCCUCUUCGAGCUCAUCCUGAUGGAGGAGAUCCGCUUCCCCCGCACGCUCAGCCCCGAGGCCAAAGCCCUGCUGGCCGGGCUGCUCAAAAAGGACCCCAAACAGAGGCUCGGGGGAGGCCCCAGCGACGCCAAGGAGGUGAUGGAGCAUCGCUUCUUCGCCGCCAUCAACUGGCAGGACGUGGUCCAGAAGAAGCUCGUGCCCCCCUUCAAGCCCCAAGUGACGUCCGAGAUCGACACGCGCUACUUCGACGACGAGUUCACCGCCCAGUCCAUCACCAUCACGCCGCCGGACCGCUACGACAACAUGGGCUCCCUGGAGAGCGACCAGCGCACGCACUUCCCCCAGUUCUCCUACUCCGCCAGCAUCCGGGAGUGACGAGCGCCGGGCGAUUCCUCCCACCAGGGGACCCGGGGGGGCUCUGCCCCACCCCCGGGGGGGGCUCUGCCCCACGCUUGGGGGGGCCGCGGGAGGCCGCAGCGGCCGCAGCCUCGCUCCGCGGCCGGCACCGAGCUGCUCCUCCCUCCCCCGAGCGUAGGACUGCUUUUUAUUUUAUUUUAUUGUUUUAUUAUAUAUAUAUUUU